UGCUCGACUAGGUCAUUUAAUCUUUUAUUGUAAUGACAUGUCUAUAUCCGUCUAAGAACAGGGUCAAUUGUACUAAAGUUAUUUAAAUUAGCUGCAUUUAUUGUUGUGUUAAAAUUCGUUCAGAGAAGUUUGGCAGCCUUGCACAGCAAACAUAAUGGCAUUUUAUCAGAGUAAUUACCCAGGAGGAGGUGGUGGUUUUGGUUUUGGUGGGGGUGGCUUCGGAGGAGGACCCCCACCACCACCAGGAGGAGGAUAUGGUCAACCAGCCUACCCCGGAGGAGGAUAUGGUGGGGGGUAUGGAAAUGCCUAUAAUGUCAACGCUUCCCCGUAUGGUGGAUAUGGAGGAGGGUACCAAACUGGAUCUGCACCACCCCCUGGAGGACAACAUGGUUAUCAAAGUGGUUAUACCAAUAGCAAUGGAUAUGGUAAUUUCACAGCUGCAUCAAACUGCCAGUCAAUGUAUGCUGGUCAUCAACAGGUAGCUCCGCCUCCAGCUCCUCCCAGUGUUUACCAAAAUGGGAUUGACUCACAAAUGGCAACUAUGCACCAACAGAUGCAGCAGAUGAUGAGACAACAAGUAGAAAUGCAGUAUGGUGUCCCAAAGAAGGGAAGGAAAGGAAAAAAGGGAAGAAGGAGGAGGAGGAAAAGGAGGGACGAUGAUGAUGAGGAAGAGGAAGAGGAGGAGGAGGAAGAUGAUGAAGAAGAAGAGGAUGAAGAAGAAGGAAAUAGUGGACCCACUGAAGAGGAGAUUAAGGAGAGAGUUAAGGCUAUCUAUAUAGCUGAGUUAUUGAGACGUAUUGAUAGAUCUGGUACCUUAGACGUCACAAGUGGAACAGUCGUAGGAUAUCCAUUCUAUACAGAAGAUGAUCCAGUGUUACAAUUUAACACAGAAAAAAACGGAUAUGAAUUCAAUAAAGAUGAACCACUAAAAUGGGACCCAGAGCUUGAUUGUGAAUAUUUGAGAGAUGCCCUCAAAGGAUGGGGUACAAAUGAAGACGCUAUCAUCCAUGUUAUUGCAACCAGAUGUAAUGUUCAGAGACAAGAACUGAAGAAAAAUUUCAAAACAGCUUAUGGAAGGGAUUUGAUUAAAGAUUUGAAAGGAGAUUUAUCAUUUAACUUUGAGACAGCAGUGUUAGCCUUGUUUGUCCCACCUGCAGAGUACGAUGCUUGGGCAAUUAAGGAAGCUAUUUAUGGACCAGGUACAGAUGAAAGAGCUCUGAUGGAAAUACUUUUGACCAGAACUAACCCACAGAUAAAGGCAAUCAGAGAUUGUUAUAAUGAUGUUGCCAGUCCAAACUCAAAGAAAGCUAAAGGUCUGAUUGAUAAAGAUAUUGAAAAUGACUGCAGUGGAGACUUCAAAAGACUUUUAGUGUCUGCUGCUCAGGGUAACAGAUCUCACAUUUCAGAAGAGAAACUAAGGGAUGCAGUAGAAGAAAUAAUGUCUGAUGGUACUCCAACAGGAAUGUUUGAGGUCAACUUUGAUAAGUUGUGUGACAUCAAAAGAGCCAAAGCUGAUGCUAAAAACCUCUUCAAAGCAGGAGAAGACAGAUGGGGUACUGACGAGGAAACUUUUGUUCGGAUCUUUGCCUGUAGAGAUUAUUACCAGCUUAGGGCUACAUACAAUGAAUAUGUGAAGAUUACUCAGAGAGAUAUUGAAAAUUCUGUCAGCCGUGAAACAUCUGGGGACUUUGAAAGAGGACUUCUAUCUAUUGUGAAAAAUAUUAAGUGUCGUCCAAGGUUCUUUGCAGAUGAAUUAACAUCUUCAAUGAAAGGUCUAGGAACCAAGGACAACCGUCUGAUCAGAAUUAUUACAUCCAGAAGUGAGAUUGAUAUGGUUCAGAUCAAAAAGCAUUUCUUGGAAAAUAACAAACAGACUUUAUGGAAAUGGUUGCAGGAUGAUUGCUCUGGAGACUACAGAAAAUUACUGCAGGCUGUUGUUGGCAAAGAUUAAUACUAAAUGUUAGCUAAAAGACAUAUUCUGUUGUGUUCUUAACUAUUUUCUUGACACUUAUUCAACACUGUAUCUGCUCUGUUGCAUAUUAGAAUUUUUAUUUAUUGACUUUUAUUUCCUGGUAAACAAUUUUUUAAACCAAUAUAUAAUUUUUAGUAGUGAAUUUUGAAAAAGAGCAUUCGUUGAAUCUAAGAUCUAACCGAUUUUGCUUGGCCUAAAUACAGCAUUCCAAUUUUUUUUAUUGGAUGUAGGGUACUUGAAUUUAUAUUGCAGAUAUGCAUAUGUGCAAGUAUCUGCAUCUUUUUUGUCAAGAGCAUACACAUUUAGUGUAUUCAUGUUGUACAAUGAUUUCUGUGCAAUAAGAUAGAAAAGGUUAUUUUUUCUGUCAUAUUUGCUUUAAAAUUGUUGUUUGCUAUCCUGUCCAUGUUGCUAUUGUUAAAUAUUCCCUCCAUGCAUCUGUGAUAAGAAAAA